GAUAUUCCGGAACCAAUUGAUAUCGGUAGCGUGUUCCUAGAGGGACGUUUUUUGCCGUGGCAUUCUUGUUGUCAACAUUUUGUCCAGUCGUACAUGUCGAAGCUGUCUGCUGAAUAAAUACAAUUUACAGAAUGACAGAUGGUCCAGAAACGCCACCUAACUAUGAGGAGCAGUUUGCCCACCGGUUCUCUCUCCAGGACCCGGAGUACCAGCAGUACGUGAGUCGCCCCGCCAACCCCCCGCCACUGGUAGAGGACUGGGGAGGGCGUGGAGGUGGAAACAACCGGGGCAGAGACAACAGAUCACAGGACCGUGGCGGGUACAGGGGCCGGGGUUGGGGAGGGGACAGGGGCCGGGGUUGGGGAGGAGACAGGGACCGCGGGGGAGACAGGGACCACGGAGGGGAUAGGGACCGCGGGGGAGACAGGGACAGGCGUUACGGCCAGGGUGGUGGUGGGCAUCAGUCUGGAAGAUACAACUCCUACAACCAGAGACCAUCACAUUACGACCGCUACUGAACUCCUCUUACUGUGGAGUGACCCCAUUCACAUCACCCCGGGGCUCUCCAACCCUGUUCCUAGAGGGAGACCCUCCUGUAGGUUUAAACUCCAACCCUGUUCCUGGAGAGAGACCCUGCUGUAGGUUUAAACUCCAACCCUGUUCCUGGAGAGAGACCCUCCUGUAGGUUUAAACUCCAACCCCAGGUGUAACUAACCUGAUUCAGUUUAUCAACAAGAUAAUUAUUAGAACCAGGUGUGUAAAAACUCUCCAGGAACAGGGUUGGAGUUAAAGCCUACAGGAGGGUACCUCUCCAGGAACAAGGUUGGACAGGGUCCCUGCAUUAUUACACACAUACACUGUGGCUGUAGCAGGUCAAUCUGAUCUCUCACCUCUCUUCCAGAUUUAAUAUUGUAUUGAUCAGUGAUGUCAUGCUCUAAUCCACACGGAACAGGAUUACAACAAUGGUAUUGAUUAUUCCAGCCAGUAGUCUGGGCAUAGAGACAAUCUAUUUUCUCUAUAGGCCCUUUUCUAUAGUAGUACCACUAUAUAGGGAAUAGGGCUCUGGUCUAUAGUAGUACCCCUAUAUAGGGAAUAGGUUGCCAUUUGGGACACAAUCAGUGCAGCAGAGUCAAAUGUAAAGUUUAAGAUGCUCAUCCUUGCUACUAGUGUGAUGAACUGCGUUGAUGGGCAUGUGGUGUAUUGUGGGGUCGUUCUCUUGUUUUCAUUUAGUUUGUUUCUCUUGACUCCUCUAAGACGACAUAUUCAGCUGGUCUGGAUGUUGAUACGGUGUCAUUGAAUCAAUCUAAACAUGUGUGAUGAAUGAAACCACAUUUUGAACAGUCAAUGUAAUCUAUUUUCUUACAUCACAAAAUAUGCUUAUUCUUUCCAGUUGAAUAUGUGACUUCGAAUUGUAAUCAGUAACACAAUAAAAAAUGUUUGUCUGAAAAAUAUAAAAA